CCUGCGCCAGACGUCGGUCGAGCUGCGGACUUACUUACGAAAAGUUUACCGCUGACAUAUAUAGAGCGUAAACUAUUGGCAUCUUGGCUACGCACCCUGAGAAUAAUAGACGGCGAAGUUCCAUGAACUCCUAAAAAGAAUCAUAAACUUUUUACUGUAACAAAAUUACUAUACAGUUUUUUGUAGUAUUUUGUGAUGAUUAUUGUAUAGGUGGAUGUGGGCAUUUUUUCGCGUGUACCUAAAGAUCAUAAAAAAUGGGCGGCAAAACGGGACGUACUUCGAAACUCGCAGCGACGGUGCUGCUGGUAGUCAACUUCGUUGUUAUGAUGGCGUGCGGAGCGGUGUUCGCGUUCGGUCUUUGGGUGAUCGUCUCGCCUGUCACGCUCUUGGCGGCCAUUAAUAAGAUUGACAGCCCCGUGGUCAAGACCCUGUUGGCGCCACACACGUUGACCGCAUCCCUGGGCGUGGCCUUGGCUCUGCUGGCGCUGUUCUUCUUCUUCGUGGCAUUCAUGGGGUUCUGCGGGGCGCUUACACAAUCACAGUUCCUGCUGGUCAUGUAUUCAGCGCUAAUUCUACUGCUGCUACUGCUGGAGUGUGCGCUGUUUUAUUACUUCUCGUCUACACUACUUGAGAAAGGGUUACUAACAGAUGAUGGACAGUGGACACACGCGCUUCGCAUCGCGUUUAGCUGCUGCGAGAACGCUAACGGAACUACAACCAUACCAUCUAAGCUACCUUGGUCUUGCUGUGGUCGUGCCGGCAUCCACGACAACUGCACUGCCGGCAAUAUGUACCAGAAGGACUGUCUACAAACUGUAGCAGCCUGGCUACGGCGCUACCAAACAGCAGCGUACGCGUCGCUAGUGGCCACACAUGUCGUAUUGUCAUCGUGUGCAUUGCUGCGACGACGGAGCUAGCGACACGCGCGCCGCGGCAGCAGCGGCGGCGGUAAGUAGAGUUACUGGACUAUCAGUUAGGUAACCAUCUGGCUA